ACCGCCUCCUUAUACUGCUCCCUAUCAUCAACACUGCUUUAAAAGCUACGGCGCUAGCGGUGGCUCGAGACAGCAGCGGAGUCCACGGAGAGCCAAAUUGCGCUCUGUCAAGGUCAGUGAGCAACCGCACGAGCUCAAAGGCAACAAGAGUCGGUCACGGGCGGCCAUAGACUUCCGCCCGCGGGCCUUGAAGAGCGGCGAAGAACGGGUAGCGUACCAGUCUUUGAAGACGUAAAUACAUCCGAAGAUGAGUCAAGGAGCCAUGGCACAGGUGGCGCGGCCUCUUCCCUUCAUCCUCACGGACGAAGACGGCAGAUUCUUCAUCGAUGAAAAAACCGCCAAGGUGAUCGCGAGCAUCCAGCAGCCGGUGGUGGUGGUGGCAAUCGCGGGCCGCUACCGCACGGGCAAGUCAUACCUCAUGAACCGCCUCGCGGGUUCCAACAACGGGUUCUCCCUGGGGAACACGGUGCAGUCGCACACCAAGGGCAUCUGGAUCUGGCCGAGAGCCCAUCCCCUGCACAAGGACAAGUGUCUGCUGCUCAUCGACACGGAGGGCCUGGGCGACGUGGAGAAGGCUGGUGAGAAUCACGACACGUGGCUCUUCGUGAUGGCCGUGCUGCUGAGCACCACGCUGGUGUGGAACACGACCGGUGUGCUCAGCAAGGAUGGCUUCGAUCAACUUCACUUCGUGGUCAACAUGACGGAGCACGUGCGCACCAAAAUGCACCAGAGGGAGGACAAGGUGGGCACAGACUUCGAGCAUUACUUCCCCCCCUUCGUUGUGUGCGUGCGCGACUUCACGCUAAAGCUGGAGAUCGAGGGCAAGACCUGCGACGCCGACGAGUACCUGGAGCACUGUCUGGGUAUGCGCAAGAAGGGGAUGACAGCUAACUGCCGCUCCUUCAACGACCAGAGGGAGCUCCUAAGCAGCUUUUUCAAGAAACGGAAAUGCUUUGUGUUCCCGAUGCCAACCCACCCUGAAGACCUGCACCACCUGGAGACCAUUUCGGAGCAGCACUUGAACCCAGAGUUCCUGCGAACGGCAGAGGAGUUCACGACUCACAUCCUCCAGACGGCGCACAGCAAGCACGUCGACAACGCGGUGCUCACGGGUCCCCUGUUCCUAAAGCUGACGGAGCAGUACGUGCAUUCCCAGCGCUCGGGCGAUGUUCCGUGCAUCGAGAGCGCACUGACGCAGGUGGUGACACUGGCGAACAUGCAGGCCAAGGAGGACGCGAUGUCACUCUACAAGAAAAGUAUGGAAGCCGUGAACCAGCAGCUGCCCCUACCUAUCGCCAAACUCAACGAGUUCCACCAGCACGCGCUGGAGCAGGCGGUGGAGGCGUUCCACCAACGAUCCGUGCUCGACCGUGACAAUACGCACGAGAAGGAGCUCAUGCUCUCGCUCGUGACUGCGUACGAUGAGUGGAAUCAGAAGAACAAGGAAACAUCCAUGCAGAGGUGCAAGCAGCGCCUGUCGGAGCUCUACGAGCCCAUCCGGGUGAGAGUGGCUGAGAAGAUCUUCAUCAAGCCCGGGGGCUACCAGGAAUACAAGGGCAUGAUGGACAUGGCCGAGAAGAGCUACCGUACAACCCAGGGCUUGGGCGACGAGAUGGAGGCAGUGCUCCUCGCCUUCAUCGAUCUGAAGAAAGAAGAGGGACAUCUCAUUCUCAUGAUGGACAAGAACGUCACUGAGCUGCAGAAGCAGAGAAUUGAGACGGAGGAGAUGGAGAAGAGACUGGUCCAGCAGCAGAGGGCGCUGGAGAAUACCAAUGCCCAGCAGGAGGCGCAAAUCAGCGCGCUCAGGAUGCAGAUGGAGACAAACCAGCGGUCAUUCAGUGACAAACUCAGGGAGGUGGAGAAGCAGACGUACGAGAAACUGGAUUGGCAACAACAAAGGCAUGAGAAGAAGAUGGCGAGGUAUGCGAAGCAGAAAAUGGACCGUGGUCUAUUCGCCUGCAUAGGGGGCGCUAUAGACAAAUCCUGCACCAUUUGCUAGUUUAAACAUGGCAGAAAAUUGCGUGGCAGCCUAGUGGGUGCUUAGCUGCUCGAAGAAAAAUCCUUUACUGAUCACACAUACCCAAGUGCAGUGUUGGUGCAUGGUGUAAAUGGCAUUUUCCUCUCGACGUUCACAAAUUAGACCUUUUCAUAUGCAGUAAUGUGUCUUUAGUUUCGCUUCUGAAGUACCCCAAAGCACUUCCCUGUGUUUACAGCGAUUAGUGCUUCAUUUAUGUAUAGAAGACUACGUGUGCAUGGGGUAAUUCAUUUUCUAUAAGUGUUCUUAUAUCCACCUAUACCUCCGGUCAGUGUUGAAUAUGCAAAGGUGGGCUGUACAGAUACCUGGAGCCUGCUUUUCAAAACAUAAUGUGUGCAACAAAGUCCAGUCAAGUGCAACAGCUUCAAAAAAUAAUUAAAAUUUGCCUUUUUAAGGUGACAUAACUGUUGCAGAAUUUAGAUAAAAGACAAAUUGUAAGCUGGAAACUCGAUGGGAGCAAGGGAGGAUGUGCUUAUAUAAGUUCCCCUUUGGAACCCCUGAUAUAUGUAAUGUAAGGGUGUGUGGUGUUCGUAUAAUAAAUAUGCUUAUAUAAGGUGUGCUCAUAUCCAUCUUCCAUAUGGCAGAUUGAGUGAAUGAUUGAUGGGCUUCAUAACUCACCAGAUAAGUACCCAUUAAUUUUUUUCAGAGGUGGCCAGGAGGCUUGCGGAGGUCAGAGCGUUGAGAUGGCACUGCUGUCAUCCUGAGUUUGAAUCCAGGCAGUAACUCGUGAUUUAACUCAGUGAUUAAACUCUCGGGGGUCGUGCGUUUAAGCCUGUGCCUAAUCGUCAACGAUGGCACACAAAGAAACCCCGACCACUUAACAUUUGGUUCUGCACUUGAAUUGUCUGAAUUACAGCUCUGUCUAUUCAAAUUAUUGGUUUGCCUGUCAUGAAAUGAACAUUACUCUCUGUAGCAAGAGGGUGGGCAAAGUGCUGCACCCUGCUGCGUCGAACGGAGAUCACCUGCAGUGGUCUCUGAGGUAGCUCUGUGAUAUCCGCUUCCGCGGGCCAUUGUGUAACACCAAGGGUUGCACUGCUCUGCAGGAGAUCUCAAUGGAGUAGUAUUCGUCUCAUGACGUGAAGCCGAUAGCACAAUCGGGAUAUCAAUUGGAAGAAAAAGGCAUUAUAAAGGUAGACCUAUGCAGAUGUUAACUCAGUUGAAUGAAACUUAAAGAGUUUCUGAUAAAAAAAAAUAUACAGGAUGGAUGUUUUCUUGAACGCGCACAGCGGAGGCGGGGCACGACCACCACCCAAACACCACAAUGGCCGGGAGUGGCCUAAAUACCACUCUGCCUGUAACAUUAAAACCGGUUCACAUCCUUCCUAUCUCAAAUUAAAUGUCCAUAACACUCAGCUCCAGGACUCUCUCCCUGAAGGACUCACUAACACAACUUGUGAACAACGUUUAUCCAGGACCUUUGUCUCUACCUGAAGGCCUCUGAAACCACCUGUGAAUAAUAACCUUCAUCCUGGGCUUUCUCCCUGCCUGAAAACUUAAAAUGUGAUCACACAUGUAAUGUGAUGUUACACCUUGAUGAUAAGUGGGUUACACCUGGAUGAUGAAUUGGUUACACCUGGAUGGUAAUUAUGGGCUCUGCCUGCCUCAGCCCACAACCAAUGGGGAGUCGAGCCAGGGGCGUGGCCCUGAUGUAAUGUGAAGGCUACACCUGGAGGAUGAUGAUUGGCUCUGCUGGCUUCAGCCCGCAACCAAUGGGGAGUUGAGUUAGGGGCGUGGCCCUGGGGCUGUACAGUGGGCUCUGGAAAGUUCCAGGGAUAUGGCUGAGGAUUGGCUGUGGGGCAUCACGUGGGCCAGGGAUUAAAAGGGGCGGAGAAGGACAGCACGUGGUCAGAGUGUGGAGGAACGAAGGUGGAAACCACGCUGGUGCCGUGGUCUGCCACGUGGCGGGCCGCGGCAGUCUCUCCCUCUCACGCUGUCAACAGCGUGAAGGAGCCAUAGAGUAGAGGGCGGAUGUAGUGAGAGCUGUGACGAAACUCAAUAAAGAAUUCUGAAUUCCUGACGUCUCAACGGGGUUUAUUACACACAUGAAUCCGUACUGUACCUUUAAAAUAAAUCUCAGAAAUUACUUCACCACGGCACACAUUUAAAAAAUUUGGAAAACAUUUUAACCAUUUAACCAAUUUCCUUGAAGCCUGAUAUAUCACUCAAGUAAAAUAACUCUCUGUCCUCAACUCACUGAUAAUCUUUGUACAUUUUGCCUCGAAGCAUGGCUCAUGUGUGCACACCUGUAUUAUACAAUAAAGAUGCUUUAAACCUG